AUGGCCAAAGUCCAUUCCAACGAGGAAGGACUUCGAUCCAAGUCAGAGCAGCAACUCAGCAGAGAUGAUACGAUUUCGAGUAAUGUGGAACAAGAUACAUUAGACAUGAAGCGACUAGAGGCAUUCGAUGGCCAACAUCAUCCCACGUCUAGCCAAGAAGCAUCGUCGACUCUGUCAAUGGGCGCCGGAAAGCCUUAUCCUCAAGAUCUCUUGGACAAAGACAGCUAUCUUGUGGAAUUUGAUGGACCAUCUGACCCUACCCAUCCCCAAAACUGGUCUAUGAAGAGAAAGUGGGGAAUAGUAUUGAUAAUCGCGUCCACUACAUUCAUCACCACCUUUGGAAGCGGCAUCUUUUCUCCCGCCAUCUCAACGAUAUCACAAAAGUACCAUAUUUCAUCAGAAGUUGCCACGUUGGGAGUAACACUCUAUGUGCUAGGAUUCUCAGCAGGGCCACUGCUAUGGGGACCGCUUUCUGAGAUCAAAGGAAGGCGAUUACCCCUUGUUAUCGCCGCAUUUGGAACUGCAAUUUUCCAGUUUGCCGUGGCAGUUUCCAAGGACGUUCAAAGCAUCAUGAUCAACCGGUUCUUUGCAGGAUUCUUUGGGACCGCUCCGCUUGCCGUGGGUGGCGGCGUGUUUGUUGAUUUGUUUGAUAACAAGACGCGCGGUAUUGCUGUGACAUGGUUUACCAUUUGCGUCUUCAUUGGCCCAAUGUGCGCGCCCUUUAUUGGUGGCUUCAUUGUGACAAGCCACCUUGGCUGGCGAUGGACGCAAUAUCUGACAGGAAUCCUGGCUUCUGCCGCUGCAGUACUGAACUUGAUCUUUGUACAAGAAACCAACGCUCCGUUUAUCUUGGCUAAGAAGGCAGCCAAGUUGCGAAGGGCGACGAAGAACUACGCGAUCCAUGCCAAGCAAGAGGAAACUGAUGUCGACCUCGGUGAAAUGGUUGAGCGCUACUUCAUGCGCCCUUUCCGUAUGCUUGUCGUCGAGCCUAUUGUCCUACUUAUGAGUCUCUACUCUGCAUUCAUCUAUGGCCUCUUGUAUCUCUUUCUCACCGCGUAUCCCCAAAUCUUUCAAGGAGUUUACGGCAUGAAGCCUGGCGUUAGCGGACUUCCAGAGCUGGGUGCCGUGCUUGGCUGCAUUGUAACAGGUAUUAUCAUGACGCUACGUGCGCCGAGCUACACGCGCAAGCUUGUGACCAACAAGAAUAUGCCUGUGCCUGAGUGGCGGAUGCCCGAGGCCAUGGUUGGAGCUGUGCUUUUCGCCGGCGGCAUGUUUUGGCUUGGAUGGUCGGGAUACCGAAAAGAGGUCCACUGGAUCGUGCCCACCAUCGGCGGCUUCGUGACCGGUCUUGGCAUAUCAAUGGUAUUUUUGCAGGCGUUUAAUUAUAUCAUCGACGCCUACUUAAUGUUUGCGGCCUCAGCACUAGCAGCCAAUACGUUCUUGCGGUCGGCGUUCGGUGCCAUCUUCCCUCUAUUCGCAACCUACAUGUUCAAGGGCAUGGGGAUCCAAUGGGCAAUGACACUGCUGGGCUGUGUUGCCGCUGUGCUUGCGCCUGUGCCCGUUAUCUUCUACUUCAAGGGCGCCCAGAUUCGUAAGAACAGCAAAUACACGCCCAAAUUCCCUCCCCCAGCACCGGCCGCCAAGGUGGAGAAAGAAGAGGUUUAG